AUGAGUUCAAGAAUUGGAGUCUUUAUGCUCAUGCUCUUGCUUUUCUACCGAAUUUAUUAUGUGUCUGCGUUCACAAACAGUUCAGACGCUACUGCUUUACAAGACCUGAAGAGUGGUUUGACCAAGCCUCCUAAGAGUUGGAAAGGCUCUGAUCCUUGUGGAACCAAAUGGGUUGGAAUUACAUGUAUCAAUAACCGCGUUGUUAACAUAUCACUACCUAACCUUAAUUUGGUAGGAAAACUUUCUGUGGGUAUUUCAGCAUUAUCUGAAUUGCAGAAGUUGGACUUGACAUCCAAUCUUAACAUGACUGGACCGCUUCCACCAAACAUCGGUAACCUCAAGAAGUUGACCAUCCUGCACCUAAUGGGAUGUGGUUUCACUGGUCAGAUCCCUGAGUCCAUAGGAGAUCUUGAACAACUUACUAGACUCUCCUUAAAUUCAAAUAAAUUUACUGGAACAAUUCCGGCUUCCAUUGGACGGUUAUCGAAACUAAACUGGUUGGAUAUAACUAACAAUCAGAUUCAAGGAAAGAUUCCAGUUUCUAAUGGGACUUCUUCACCUGGACUUGACAUGCUUCUUCAAACUGAUCAUUUUCAUUUGGGAAACAACAAGCUUACUGGCGAUAUACCUGAAAAGCUCUUCAGUGCCAACAUGACUUUGAAACAUGUGCUAUUCGAUGGAAACCAAUUCACGGGGGAAAUUCCGAAAAGCCUCAGCUUAGUUAAAACGUUGAAUGUGUUACGCCUUGAUAGGAACAGACUAAGUGGAAAUAUUCCUCCAAGUCUUAAAAAUCUCACAAAUCUUAUGGAACUGUACUUGGCGAACAACAUGUUUACUGGUAGUCUUCCAAAUUUAGCCAGCUUAACCAAUCUCUACACAUUAGAUGUAAGCAAUAACAAAUUCAAUUUCUCACACAUUCCAUCAUGGAUCUCUUCAUUACCCUCCCUGUCAACACUAAGGAUGGAAGGGAUCAACCUCGAAGGUCCAAUACCAAUCACCUUAUUCAAACCUACUCUGUUGCAGACAGUUAUCUUAAACCGCAAUUGGUUAGAGGGGACGUUAGACUUCGGUACCAACUAUAGCAACCAGUUGGAGUUAGUGGAUCUACGAAACAACAGAAUAAGUGAAUACAAAUCACCACCAACAGCUAACAAAAUCAUGCAAGUAACGUUGGAAAAUAAUCCUAUGUGCCCAGCCGCAGGGAACAUGCAGCCUAGUGACUACUACUGCAAAGGAUUAAUCCAACAAAACACCACAACUUAUGUCUUGAAAAAAGAAAAGUGUUGUAAUCCAAUCACAGGAACACUCAACUUCAGGUCUCCAUCAUUCUCAGGGGUUUUAAACACCUCUUUCGACGACGAUCUAGAGAAAGCGUUAGAAGAGUUCUUUAAGCAUCCUAGCUAUCCGGUGAGCUAUGUGGCCGUUGGAAACAGAGAAGAGAAUUCGUUUCAUCAUCUUCUAGUAUAUGUCCAGCUCUUUCCAUAUGGCAAAGAGAGAUUUAACCCGACGGACAUGGCCACUGUUAUUUCCGGGUUUACCACGCAGAGUUUUACACCUCCUUAUAGAUUUGGCCCUUACGUUUUCAAACCCAAUCCCUACAAUCAUUUCUCUGCAAACAUGGGCGUAGUCAUUGCAGCUGUAGUUGGUGCUUCAGUUUUGUUGUUGUUGUUGUUAGCUAUAACUGGGAUUUAUGCUAUCAGACAAAAGAGGAGAGCACAAAAAGCAACUGAUAAAAUAAAUCCUUUUGCCAAGUGGAAUAUGAGUCAGAGCAGUAUUGAUGCUCCACAGUUAAUGGUAGCAAAAGCCUUUACUUUUGAAGAGAUGAGGAAAUGUGCAGACAACUUUUCGGAGGAAAAUGACAUUGGCGGUGGAGGUUAUGGCCAGGUGUACAAAGGGAUUCUUCCCAAUGGGCAACUCAUAGCCAUUAAAAGAGCCCAACCAGGAUCUUUGCAAGGAGGGUUGGAGUUCAAAACUGAGAUUGAGCUUCUUUCAAGGGUCCAUCACAAGAACGUUGUAAGACUAUUGGGCUUUUGCUUUGAUCGUGGUGAACAAAUGCUCGUAUAUGAGUACAUUCCAAAUGGUUCUCUUAGAGAUAGUUUAUCAGGAAAGAACGGGAUCAGACUUGUUUGGACAAGAAGGCUUAGAAUAGCACUUGGUUCAGGGAAAGGUCUGGCUUAUCUUCAUGAACUUGCUGAUCCUCCUAUUAUACAUAGAGACAUUAAAUCACAUAACAUAUUACUCGAUGAAAGUCUAACCGCAAAGGUUGCUGAUUUCGGUCUUUCGAAACUUGUGGGAGAAGCUGAGAACCCUCAAGUGACAACACAAGUAAAAGGAACUAUGGGAUACUUGGAUCCAGAGUACUACAUGACGAAUCAGUUGACUGCGAAGAGCGACGUGUAUGGGUUCGGUGUGGUGAUGUUUGAGCUACUAACGGGUAAAACUCCAAUAGAUAAUGGGAAACACGUUGUGAGAGAAGUGAAGAUGAAGAUAAAUAAAUCUAAGAAGUUGUAUGACCUACAAGAAUUAUUAGACACUGUGAUCAGCUCAAGCAGCGAGAAUCUUGAAGGGUUGGAGAAGUAUGUAGACUUGGCUCUAAGAUGCGUGGAUCAAGAAGGAGUGAAUAGGCCAUCAAUGAGCGAGGUUGUGAAAGAGAUUGAGAACAUAAUGGAGCAAGCAGGGUUAAACCCUAACGUAGAUUCAGCAGCGAGUUCAAAAACGUUUGAGGAAGCAAACAAAGGAUCUGGUGAUCUUUAUGGGAACAACUCGUUUGAGUACAGUGCAAGUUUCCCAACUGCAAAACUUGAACCCCAUUGA